AUGACAUCUUCAAUUCCAGGCAGCUGUUGCUUCACCGGCUUUCUUCACCAGGGGGACCCCAAAGGGGAGAUAGAGCAAAUCAACAACUUCCGAGCCUACGUUGCCCGCCCUGAAGGUGACAAAACACCAAAUAAAGCUGUCAUUCUGUUGAGUGACAUAUUUGGCAUUUUCCCCAACAGCCAGCUUGUGGCAGAUGCUUUUGCUGUAAACGGCUACCUGUGUGUACUCCCUGAUUUGUUUAAUGGGGAUCAAGUCAGCAUCGCAGACUAUGACGCAAAGGCAAUCGAUAUUGGCGCCUGGAUUUCCCGCCACACAGUUGAGGAUGUGGCCUCGAUUGUCGAGGCCACAAUCAAGUACCUGAGGACAAACCUGGACGUGCAGAACGUCGCUGCGGCUGGCUACUGUUUUGGUGGCAAGUAUGUUGUCCGGUACCUCAAGGCAGGACAGCUGGCCUCCGGCUACAUCGCUCAUCCGUCAUUCGUCACAAAAGAGGAAUUGGGCGCGAUUCAGAGGCCUCUCUCCAUCUCUGCUGCAGAGCACGACCCGAUCUUCACCAUGGCGAAUCGCCACGCAUCUGAGGAGACUCUGAUCGGCACUGGACAGGAAUUCCAGAUUAAUCUGUUUAGCGGGGUUUCUCACGGCUUCGCCAUUCGGGGAGACAUCAGCCAGCCGCGCGUUCGGUUUUCGAAGGAACAGGCGUUCGCGCAGGCGGUGGCGUGGUUCAAUCAUACAUUGUAG